CUCGCUGGUAAACAGAGUGAAUCUGUCUCAGGCAGGUUAGAGAGCAGCGCAGCUCCGAGACUUCAGGGAUCAAGCAGAUGCACAAGAUUGCUUGGAAGCGGCCAGCCACGCACGGUCCACUCCACUGCCUCACACUCAGAAGGAAUGGCAUGUCUUAUGGCAGCCUUCUCAGUCAACAACACCUCUGUGACCAACUCUAUCAUAAUGAAUACCAACGGACCCCCUGAUCUUAUGCUGGACCCAAGAACAGUGUGUGUGUCCAUUGAUGAUGUAGUGGCCAAUCACACUGGCAGCCAGCAGACGCCUCUUUUACAUGGACACCUGAAAAAAGUGGAGAACAACCUGACUGAAGCCCAGCGCUUCUCCUACCUGCCCCGCAGACCAGCGGUCAAUAUCGAAUUCAGAGACCUCUCCUACUCCGUUCCUGAGGGACCAUGGUGGAGAAAGAAAGGUUACAAGACACUGCUGAAAGGAAUCUCCGGGAACUUUACCAGUGGAGGACUGGUGGCCAUCAUGGGGCCCUCGGGAGCCGGGAAAUCUACGCUUAUGAAUAUUCUGGCAGGAUAUAGGGAAACAGGAAUGAAAGGAGAAAUAUUAAUAAACGGACAGCCCCGAGAUCUACGCUCCUUCAGGAAAGUGUCUUGCUAUAUUAUGCAAGACGACAUGCUUCUGCCUCACCUCACAGUGCAGGAGGCCAUGAUGGUGUCAGCUAAUCUCAAACUCCAGGAAAAGGAGGAGGGCAGGAGAGAGAUGGUGAGGGAGAUCUUGACUGCGCUUGGUUUAUUGGAGUGUGCUAAAACACGCACAUCUAACCUCUCCGGCGGCCAGAGGAAACGCUUGGCCAUCGCCUUGGAACUUGUCAACAACCCACCCGUCAUGUUUUUUGAUGAGCCCACAAGUGGACUGGACAGUUCUUCCUGUUUCCAAGUGGUCUCACUGAUGAAAGCUCUUGCACAAGGUGGUCGGACAGUCAUCUGCACCAUCCACCAGCCCAGCGCCAAAGUCUUUGAGCUCUUUGACAAACUCUAUGUCCUGAGCCAAGGUCAGUGCAUCUACCGGGGAAAAGUAUCCAACCUCAUCCCUUACCUGAGGGAACAUGGACUCAACUGUCCUACGUAUCACAACCCUGCUGACUUCAUAAUGGAGGUGGCUUCUGGAGAAUAUGGUGACCACAUGGCUCGGCUGGUGAAGGCUGUUCAGGAGAGGAAGUGUGAGAAAGAUUACAAAAGCGAGAUGAGUGCAGAUGGAGCCCUGAACCCCUUUCUGUGGCAUAGACCAUCUGAGGAGGACUCCUCUUCUACUGAGGGCUGCCACAGCUUCUCUGCCAGCUGUCUGACGCAGUUCUGCAUCCUCUUCAAGAGAACCUUCCUCAGCAUCAUGAGGGAUUCGGUGUUGACCCAUCUUCGUAUCACCUCUCAUAUUGGCAUCGGGAUCCUGAUAGGACUUCUGUACCUUGGCAUCGGCAACGAGGCCAAGAAAGUCCUCAGCAAUUCUGGUUUCCUUUUCUUCUCUAUGCUCUUCCUCAUGUUUGCUGCUCUAAUGCCCACUGUGCUCACCUUUCCUCUUGAAAUGGGCGUCUUUUUGAGGGAACACUUAAAUUACUGGUACAGUCUGAAGGCGUACUAUCUGGCAAAGACCAUGGCUGAUGUCCCAUUCCAGAUUGUAUUCCCAGUGGCCUACUGCAGCAUCGUUUAUUGGAUGACCUCUCAACCCUCAGACGCUGUUCGUUUCAUUCUCUUUUUGGCCUUGGGGACUCUCACCUCUCUGGUGGCACAGUCCCUGGGCCUGUUGAUUGGAGCAGCAUCUACAUCUUUGCAGGUGGCCACUUUUGUAGGUCCAGUGACAGCGAUUCCAGUUCUGCUUUUUUCUGGCUUUUUUGUCAGCUUUGACACCAUCCCAAAGUACCUCCAGUGGAUAUCAUACAUUUCAUAUGUCAGGUACGGCUUUGAAGGAGUUAUCUUGUCCAUCUAUGGGCUGGACCGUGAGGACUUGCACUGUGACAAAGAUGAAACAUGUCACUUCCAAAAGUCAGAGGCCAUCCUGAAAGAGCUGGACGUUGAAAAUGCAAAGCUGUAUCUGGACUUCAUUGUGCUGGGCAUCUUCUUUGUCUCCUUGCGUCUUAUUGCUUAUUUUGUCCUCCGCUACAAAAUCAGUGCCGAGCGGUAGACGGGCAGAGGAGACGGUAAAGGGAAGACUGGCAAGACUCUUAUACAUAGAGGACAAUAGAGCGGACCAUCUUUCCUUCCAGUUGCAUAAAGGACCACCCAUACAGGACAAGACUGCCACUGUGGUGACCUAAACUGAAAAUGACACUGCAGACACUCAGGUCUGGGGCAUAGCAUAGAUGUGAACACUGCAUUGUAGUCUCACAUCUGCAGGAAUGGUCAAUGUAACAUCCCCUGGGUGAAGAGAAAUCACAACUCAGGACAGGCUGUGCUAACGAGGACGUUUCUGAGAAAAUAGUAAUGUUGAACUUUUUUUGUGCCAGUUUGUUUGAACAUUUAUCAGAGAGCUGGACUCAUGUUUACAAUUAAAUGUAGAUUAUUUUUUUAAAUCUUGUGUUAUGUUCUGCUAUGUAAAACAAAUUAUGGGUGGGAACUGUUGACUUAGCCAUUCCCUCAUCCCUAAAAUUGUGUCUGUUUGUGUGUGGCACGGCUUUUCUCCUUAUCUGUACGAUCCUUUUAACUAGGAACACUCUGAGAGGAGCUUAUACUUUAUACUUCAGGGUUUCACUGAUCUAAGAGCUGGUCUCCAUGCAGUGAGCCUAAUACAGUAGUCUGCUUUUCAUAUUUUGCUGCUUAAAGAAGAGAAACUGUCUCAUUACUGACAGAAAACUGGGUAAUGCAUUGUAAUAUGUAUUACAAUGUGACUUUGUGGUAACAUUUUAUACUAACAAGCCCCUAAGAAUGGCAAUCAUUAGCUAAUAGUUUGUUAAUGAGUGACAAUAAUUAUAUAUUAUUUGUUUACUUAGUGACAUACAGUAAUUAAAUGAACUGUAAUAUACUUUUUAAAACAUAAUAUUUAAUAUAACAUUUUCAUAAAUGCAUUAUGUUUAAAUUAUUUAAGUAAUAUAUCUAUAAGUAGUACCACAUAUCUUUAUAAAUACACUGUAAAGUUGCAACUAAUUAUAUGAAUUCUAAAGGUAUAAUUAAUGAUUAUUAAUGUUUAAACAAGUAUAUAAUAGUAACCACUUUCUGAAGAUUAACUAAGCUAUAAGGAAAUGUUUAUGGAUCACAAAGUAGCAAGAUAGUAAAUAAAUACAAGAUGAUCAUGAAUUUAUGGGUAUCAAAUAACAAUCAUGAUUAACCAACUAUAAUGAAUGACUAUCAUCAGUUUGUCAUUAUCAUAGAUCUUCAUACAUUCUCAGACAAAAAGAUAUAAAACUGUCACUAGGGUGGUCCUUCUCUUGUCAGUGAGGUGGUACCCUCAAGUCUAUGUCUUAAGUACCUUUAGUUGAGGAACAUAACUGUACGAUAUUCCACUGAAAUGACAUUUUUUAAGGUUUGACUCCACACUCCAGGUCUUGACUCCAGCUUUUUUAUUUUAUUGUUCUGUAUUUGAACAUUACACUAUGAAAAUGUACAAAUAUGUACCUUUGCCUUGAGAAAAAACAUCUUUAAGGUAAACAAUUGGACCUUAAAACCACUGCUGCAUCUAUAAGGGUCCCUUUACAUUGUUUGUACCUUGAUGAAUGAAAAAUGUACCUACGUAGUACGAUUUUUCCAACACUGUACAAUCAUUUGCUGAUCCAUUUAUUAUGAAAUUUUCACCCCAUGCAAAAGGUUACUAGAGUUCUUACAUUGUGCAUAAAAGUAAACAAUGACAGAAAUGGAUAAGCAAUGUUUUCGCAUGACAGGGAUGAUGUUUAACUAUUAUAUAAACAUUAACAGACAGAAACAAACUAUUAUGUAAUGAUUAAGAUGCUGUUUAUCAAGGCCUGUGAUUAUAAAAUGUUACCGACUUUGUAUAAUGUGUUAUAAGCACUAGCUUUAUAAAGUGCUGUAAUGAUGGAAAUGUGACUUGCAAACUACAGGGUUUUUAUCUGUUCACUGAAGCAAAAUGCAAAAUAUUCACAGUCAAAAUCUGAAACUGUGCUGUUAAACCAGCACUACUUUUAAUGAUUUCUGUUAAUCAAACUGUCAUGAUGUUUCUGGCCAAACCAUCCAUAAUAUCCAUCAGGAUGCAGGUGAAUUUGUCUGAAGUGGCAUUUUUACAGAUUCUGUUUGUUGGUUCACCGAGACCAAAAAGCACAGUUUGAGAUGUUUUUUAUGAGUAUUGAAUGUACAGAUCUAAUUAUUAUAAACAACCUGGUCUCAACCAAGGUUUCCAAGUCCAUAUGAAACAUGAAGCACAGCUGACUUGCUGUCAGCAAUGGUUUUCUGGUAUGUUUGUAAUCAUCUGUAUGAUUUAUAGUGCCAUGUUCUCUUGAAUGACUCUAAUACAGGCAGCUUUAAUGUAAAACAUGGCAUUUGUUUACCAUAGUAAGCCAAAUGUAUCACAUGAGAGGUUUAGGAAUCAAACCGAAGCAAAUAUGAGCACAGCACUUCCUACCUUCCUUACAACUUCAUCCCAGUACAUUUCUUAUUAUGCUAAAUAUUUAGUAAAAUUGGAAAAUCUCAUAAUGAUAUCUUGUUAAUUAUCUUUUAUUUUCAUGAGUGGUUUAUAAGCUUUUAGAUGUUUGUAUUUAUUUCACUGUUAAAAGCCUUUGAUUGCCUGAGCUACAACUUCAUGAUCCACAAGGCCACAAAGAGACAAAGGACAUCAUACCCAAUUACCAACUGUGAGCUGUGCAGUUCUGGGAAAUUGAUGCAAAUGUGGAAAUGAAAGCUCAACCAGUUUUCUUUGAAAUAUUGUGUAUCAGUAGUUAAUUCCUAUUACUGCCAGGUACAAGAGCAUUACCUACUAAACAUUGCUUUAUGGGAAUGCUAAGCUUUAACAUAAGUAUUACAAUGAUAUGCACAUAGGGCAUCUGAUCUUUGCUGUGGAUCUUGAUGUCAAAAUUGUUAUGCAAUUCUGGAUUUUCAACAUUAUCAGGUAGAUGUAAGAUCUUACUGUAGAUUGGUCAGUCUGUCAGAGAUGCUCUGCAGUUGUCUCUUUUGCUAUUUGUUUGUUUUUUCUUUGUAUGCUACCUGUACAUUACUUUGUUCAUUAGUGCUCUGUUCUUUAAAUCUUGCACACCAUCUGAAGUAUGGAAACAUGUUUUCAUUGUCAAGGUCAUUAAGGCUGUAUUUUAUUAGUUGUUUUCAUUUUUUCAGGGUACUACUACUACAUGUUCAAUCAGUUGUGUUAUUAUCUGUAAAGAAAAUGUGAUGUAAUGAUGAUAGAGCCAUAAUAAAGUUUUGUUAUUUUCAAA